UCAAAACUAAUUAAAAAUCAAAAAAACAUGACUUAGAAAAUAAUUAGUAAAAAUGAAGAAAUUGAUUAAUGUAAAUUAAUCUUUGAUAAUUAUUAUACCUAUUUCAAAAAAGAAGGUAAAACAAUUCUAAUAUCUAUUGUUGCGGUUGCUAUUGAGGUGAUUUUCUUAUUCUUGGAAUAAUAGUUAGUGUAUCCUUUGCUAUCGAAUUUAUUUUAUCAUUAUGCAUACACCAAUAAAAAGUUAUCUAAAUGGGGAUAUUUUACUAUUUAUAUAAUUUUCAUAAUUCAGCAAAUCUACAUCAGUAGGUAUUCUUAUAAUUUAGUUGAUUUAGCAUUACAGAUUUUAGCUACUCUAUGUAAAAGUGUGUAAUUGAUUUUUUAUUUUUUGAAAGCUACCCCUUUAAAUUUGUGCUAUUUAAAAAUAUGCUUUAAUAUUUAUUUAUGGUACAUUUUAUUCAUGAUUACUCAAAGCUAUUUAGUAAGUCUAAUAUAAAUCUCUAUCUUUAUUUGCUUAGAUAAAAUUAAAAUACUUACUUUUAUUAAGUAUUGCUUUUUUUUAUUUUUAAUUUUUAGUUUAAAUUACUAUUAAUAUUUUGUUAAUUGGGUAAUUUUUAGUCAAUUAGGAUAAAUAUUAUCAAUAGCGAUUUACAUAAAUGAGAAAAAUAAUUUAAAAUAAAGAGUUGAUUGA